CCAGGGUUUUCUCUGUCCGUCUGUCUGUCUGCAGUGAUUAUUCCCCCUUUACAACAGCCACUCACUGAGAAAGGCCAUGGCCGUGCCUUCUCUCUCAGCCCCUCUCCUCGUGGCUCUGUUUCAGCUUGCAGUACUACCUCUUGUUCACGCGGGGGUAUACUACGGACACAAACAGCACCAGCAGCACCCCCAGCAGCAACCCCAGCAGCACCAGCCUAUGCCACACCUGUCCCACAUGGGCAUGGGCAGCAAAGAGCAGCACCCUCAGCAGCAGUGGCCAGGAAAGGACAUGCCCCACAUGCAGUACCCCCAUUACAGAAAAGAGAUCCCCCAGAUGCCCAUGCAUAUGGGCAAGGAGUACCCCCGCAAAGGUGUGGUAGUCAACAGUGGACAGGACAAAGGUCAGACCAUCCCCAGUGGGGCUGUGGGAGGUCUCCCUGGAGGCCUGCCAGGAGAGCAGGGCCCAGCUGGGCCUGCAGGACCUGAGGGACCCUCUGGGCCACCAGGUCCUCCUGGGGUAGGACAGCCAGGAGGUGAAGGAAAACCAGGCUCUGCUGGUUCCCCAGGAUUCCCUGGUGUAGGCAAACCAGGACUCCCGGGAAUUCCAGGCAAGCCAGGGGGCAUGGGAGACCCAGGUGUACCUGGAGAGCUGGGCCCCAGUGGUGGAGACGGUCAUAUGGGGCAGCCAGGGCCUCAGGGCCCCCCUGGUCCUCCAGGUCUCCCGGGGAUAGGAAAACCAGGGGUUGGGGGGUUACCAGGACAACCAGGACCCAAGGGGGAGCCAGGACAUAAGGGCCUGCCGGGACUACCAGGAUUACCAGGACCCAAGGGUGACAAGGGAAUUGGACAGCCAGGACAGCCAGGCCACAAAGGGCCAGCAGGACCCCCUGGACCUCCAGGCCAGGGAGGGAUGCCCGGUGUGGGCAAGCUUGGAAUGAAUGGCAUAUCGGGGCCACCAGGAGGACCAGGGAAACCAGGCCCUCCUGGAGAGCAGGGGCUGGCUGGACCAGCAGGAGAGGGUGGCGAGACCGGUCCACCAGGGUUGCCAGGCCAGGGAAAACCAGGCCAGAAUGGUCUGCCUGGACAACCAGGCAUGCCUGGUGGGAAAGGGCACCCAGGCCCUCCAGGUUUGCCAGGGAAGCCUGGAUUGCCCGGAUUUGGAAAACCAGGAUUCCCAGGACCCAAGGGAGAUAAAGGGAUGGGUGGGAUGCCCGGAGGCCCAGGACCGAAGGGAGACAAAGGCCAUGGAGGACUUCCAGGUGUGAUUGGACCACCUGGACCAAUCGGACCAGCUGGUCCCCUUGGCCCUAUAGGACCCCCUGGAGGUCUUGGCCAACCAGGGGCAAAAGGAGAGGCUGGAGAGGGAGGGCAAAAGGGGCUGCCAGGUGGCCAGGGUGAGCCUGGUCCUCCUGGACUUCAUGGUCAGAAUGGCUUCCCUGGAGAGGGAGGAGAGCCAGGGCCAAGGGGUCCCGCUGGGCCUGUAGGACCCCAAGGGGAAGGCGGACACAAAGGGUUACCAGGCGCCCCUGGCAUUCCAGGCCUAUCUGGGCCAAAGGGAGAGGGAGGACUUCCAGGAGAGAAGGGUCCCCAAGGCCCUAAGGGCAUUCCAGGUCUGGGAGGUGCAGGUGGGCCGAUCGGACCUCCUGGUGCCCCUGGGUCUAAAGGUGACAGCGGAUUACCUGGUCUUCCCGGCGUUGAGGGUAACGGAAACCCAGGUGUCCCUGGUCCUCUUGGACCUCCAGGUAAAGAAGGUCCUGGAGGACCACCAGGAAAUCCAGGCCAGCCAGGUCUACCUGGUCCCCCAGGCCCACCCGGACCCCCCGCCCUCUCCCCUAACAUGGGAGCAGUCCUCACUGAGAUGGGUAUUCCUCCUGGGCUGGAUGGAGUCAAGACCACCGGCUAUGGCAAGAAGGGGAAAUAUGGAGGAAACAGUGGAGAGGUAAUGGGCGCCAGCGGUCUGGAGAUGCCAGCGUUCACGGCUCUGGUGACCACACCCUUCCCACCAGUGGGCAUGCCUGUGGUGUUCGACAAGAUCCUGUACAACGGCCGUCAGAACUACAACCCCCAGACAGGCGUGUUUACCUGUGACAUGCCCGGGAUCUACUACUUUGCCUACCACGUCCACUGCAAAGGGGCCAACGUGUGGGUGGCGCUGAUGAGGAACGAUGAGCCUGUGAUGUACACAUAUGACGAGUAUAAGAAGGGAUUCCUGGAUCAGGCGUCGGGGAGCGCAGUGUUACCUCUACAACCCGGGGACACCGUGUACCUCCAGCUACCCUCGGACCAGGCCGCAGGACUAUACGCUGGCCAAUACGUCCACUCAUCCUUCUCUGGGUACUUGUUGUACCCUAUGUAGCAACAACUAUAGAGAGGAAGAGACAGUGACAGAGGGAGAAAAUGUUGGAGAAAUGUAAGCAUUGUUUAUAGAAGUCUUUAAAUGUGUAUGUUUUUUUUUAAACAUCAACUAUGUUGAGAUUGAUGCUGUUGAGAUCGACGCUCUUGAGAUCGACAGCGAUGGGAGGACGCGUCACACAGUCCCUGGGAAAAUCUGAGAGAGGAGUGUGUAUGUGUGUGAGUGAAUGUACAUAUAUGCAGUUUUUAUAACCAUUUAUGUUGUGGUACAAAGAUUUCUGAAUCUAUGUACCGCUCUUAAGAGUGUUACAACGUUACAACACACUGCAUGAAAAGAUGCCAUUACAUCAACAGGGUUCACAUAUUGUGAAAUGUAGUCAUAUGUACAGUUGAAAUCGGAAGUUUACAUACACCUUAGCCAAAUACAUUUAAACUCAGCUUGUCACAAUUCCUUACAUUCAAUCCU